GUAUCUCUUGAAUGUUAAUUCGAAACUGAUCUCGAAAUGUGGAUUUUAUUGUAUUUCUUGUUUGCGAUUCCCGCCUUGCUGGCUUACAUUUUAUAUCGCAACUUGAACUAUUGGAGGCAUCGUGGAAUACCCCAAGAGCCACCGCAUCCACUUUACGGCAACAUUGAAGGAUUUAAAAAGAAUCGAGUAUUGCACCAUAUUCACCAGGAAUAUUACAACAAAUUCCGCAAAUCUGGCUUUCCAUUUGUGGGCUUUCAUUUCCUGCAUAGGCGAAGUGCCUACAUAAUCGACACCAAGUUGGCCAAGAACGUUCUCAUUAAGGACUUUGCCAACUUUACCGAUCGCGGUCUCUUCCACAAUGAACGUGACGAUCCACUUUCUGCGCAUCUAUUCAACUUGGAUGGCAAGCGUUGGAAGGAGAUGAGACAGAGACUGUCCCCCACUUUUACCUCAGGCAAAAUGAAGUUCAUGUUUCCCACUGUAAUUAAAGUUUCCGAGGAAUUUGUCAAGGUUAUGUUUGAACAAGUUCCUGCCCAAUCCGAAGGUUCGAUUAUUGAGAUCAAAGAGCUUAUGGCCCGAUUCACCACGGACGUCAUUGGAUGCUGUGCCUUCGGAAUUGAGUGCAAUACUCUUCGCACUCCCGAAACCGACUUCCGUGCCAUGGCACAGAAAUCCCUUACCCAGCUUCGUAACGGAAAACUCCUUACGUUUCUCAUCUUCAGUUUCCCCAAUCUGGCCCGUAAGCUACGAUUGAGAAAGACUUGCGACGAAGUUCACGAGUUCUUCAUGAGAUUGGUUCAGGACACAAUGGCAUACAGGGAAAAGGAGAAGAUCAAGCGCAACGACUUUAUGGAGAUGCUGAUCGAGAUGAAGCAGAGGGGAAGUUACACUCUGGAAAGUGGUGAAGUUGUCAAGGGAUUAAACAUUGGUGAACUGGCAGCCCAAGUCUUUGUCUUCUAUUUGGCUGGAUUCGAGACUUCCUCAUCCACCAUGAGCUACUGUUUAUAUGAGCUUGCCCAGCAUACGGAUAUACAAGACAAACUAAGAGAAGAGGUUUUGAGUGUGCUGGAGAAUCACAAUGGAGAAUUGACCUAUGAGUGCAUCAAGGAUAUGCAUUACUUGGAUCAAGUCAUAUCGGAAACACUGCGGCUUUAUACGAUUGUACCCCAUCUUGAACGCAAGGCAAUGAAUGAUUACGUUGUUCCUGGUCAUCCAAAGUUGGUGAUAAAGAAGGGCACUCCGGUAAUAAUACCUGCAGCUGCCUAUCAUCGGGAUGAAGAUCUAUAUCCUGAUCCAGAGAAGUUCGAUCCGGACAGAUUCUUAGCUGACGAAGUCGCUGCUCGUGACUCUGUCGAGUGGUUGCCUUUUGGAGAUGGCCCAAGGAAUUGUGUGGGAAUGCGUUUUGGCCAAAUGCAAACACGUGUUGGCCUGGCCCAGCUAAUAAGGAACUUUAGAUUCUCGGUGUGCGAAAAGACUGAAAUACCCCUUAACUAUGAUCCGAGGACUUUUGUCUUGGGCACAGUUAAUGGCAUCAAUUUGCGAGUGGAGCUUGUUUAGAGAUUAAGUUUUAUAUUUGGUAUAGUAAAUACUAGUUGUGUAAGCAAUAAAAUAAAGUGUAUUUGACUUGGAGGUAAUUGAUAAACAUGAUUAAUAAAUAAAUCAACAUUUCAA